CGUUUACCCACAAGCUACCACGCGCGGUUCAGACGCGUCGGUUGCAGUCCGAAGGUCACGUCGGUCCACCCACCACGUUGUCGCCGGUCUGUACAGCCACUGCUUGACAACGCCGCUUAGUAACACUAUGGACGGCUUCGAUAACUUCGGCGCGUCGGACAAGGCGGAGGCGACGGAGCUGCAGCGCAUGAUCGCCGUGGAGCAGCAGAAAGCGCAGUUCCAGGCCCAGGUGCACAGCUUCACUGACAUUUGCUGGGACAAGUGUGUGGACAGCCCGGGCUCGAAGCUGGACCACCGCACGGAGACGUGCCUGGUGAGCUGCGUGGAGCGAUUCAUCGACACCACCCUUACCAUAACCAACCGGUUCACACAGAUGGUGCAGAAGGGCGCUCAUUAAUAAUGGACUACCGACGCCAACAUUGACUGUAUUAUGUUUUACCCUACACGUUGGUGGAAGAUACUGUGAAGAGGAUGCGCUGUUCUAGCUUACUUCUCUGGACUGGUGGUGCUUUAACAGAAAUCAUGUAAUUUGACUUUAGAGAACUGACGCAGUUCCAUCCCGUCUGUGAUCCUUUGUGUACUGAACAAAAUUGGGGACGGACCCGUUGUCUCACUCGCCAACAUGUUGAUAUCAGGUUCGGCUCAGUGGCUAGUUUGGAUUUGUCCCUUUUUGUGUCUUACCAGUGAUUGAGAAAAAGAAGCAAGAGUUUAAGAAAAGGACGGCCCAACGAAUUUUAACAACACUGGUUGAUAAUAGAUUGUUUCAUAUAUUUAUUGGCAAAAACUGAGACGAUGAAGAACGAAAGCUCACUUUAAGGCAAGCCUCAAUAUUACAAAGGAAGUUUCUCUGAAAUUGCCAAAUACAAUAUCACAAUGCGCCAGUAAAUGUAUUCUAAUGAGUAAACAGAUGAAAACAAAAGAAAAAGUAUAAUGAUAAUAAAGUACAAACUAUUCUCAGUAA